GAGAUCUCGCGAGAUUUUCGAAUGACAUAAUCGCCGCACCGUGAUGUUAUACAAGGUGUUUGGUAACAAGCAUGUUGUGAAAGCCUUAAACCUCACCUGCACGUUGCAGCAGCCUUGCAGAGAGAGACAUAAACCUGAGAAAUUAAGUUGUGCUUAUUGCACCUAAAUUCAGAUAACGUUAGUUCACCAACCGUGAAGUCCAUUUCCUGGUUUGGCAGUUGCAGAACAGCUCAAUUUGUUUAAAAUGCCCGAGGGACCAGAACUCCACCUUGCCAGCCUUUAUGUAAACAAAAUGUGUGAUGGGGUGGUGUUCACUGGACCAGUGCGAAAAUCUGAUGUCAGCAAAAGCCCUGAUGUGCCCUUCACCUGCGAGGCCUACCGCAUCACAGCCACUUCCAGAGGGAAGGAAGUGAAGCUCACACUGACGCCCAUAAAGAGUGAUGUUCCAAAGCAGAGAGUCAAAUCAGGGCAUGCAGAUCAGCCUAUGGAUGUUGUCUUUCGCUUUGGGAUGUCGGGAUAUUUCCGCUUCACCACAGAGGAUGAACUGCCCAAACAUGCCCAUCUGCGUUUCUACUCCAAUGAGAAGCCGUGCAGAGUGCUGAGCUAUGUCGAUGCUCGCAGGUUUGGCAGCUGGGAGCCCAAUGGGACUUGGCAGCCUGACAGAGGGCCCUGCAUCAUGUUUGAGUACAAAAGCUUCAGGGAGAAUGUUAUUUCGCACCUGGCUGACCGUGCUUUUGACAGGCCUAUCUGUGAAGUCCUGCUCAAUCAGAAGUACUUCAAUGGUAUCGGGAACUACCUGAGGGCUGAAAUUCUUUUCAGGUUAAACAUCCCACCCUUUGUGCCUGCGAGGACCGCACUGGAAGGCCUUGAGUCAGAAGAUUUAUGUGACAAUGAGAAGCCUGUGAAAAAUGAGAUCACGGACACAAAGACUAAAAAGAAAAAGGUGAAAGGGGAGACUGCAGACCUGCUAAGGUUGUGUCACUCAGUACCUCUGGAGGUUGUGAAGCUAGGUGGAAAAGGCUACGAUCCUGAGAAGGCAGACUACUCUGACUUUGAGGCAUGGCUGCAGUGUUACUAUGUAGAUGGAAUGAAGUCUCUGCGCGACCACAAUGGCAGAACUAUGUGGUUCAAAGGAGAUCCAGGUCCCAUGGCGCCUAAAGAUUCAAAGUCACCCAAGGCAAAAAAGAGAGCAAAGAAGGAAGAUGACCAUGACUACACUGACAAGAAAAAGGUGGCCAGGAGUCGCUCAGUAAGCACAACAAAGAAAAAAGCGGUAAAACAGGAAACUCCAAAGAAAACUCCAAAGAAAGAAAAGGAUGCCUGUCAAAAGGAAGCCGGAUUCAGGAGAAGAAAGAAUGAAAAGGCCCUGCGGGAAGUAAACACACCUCAGCAUGAAAAGAAAUCAGCUGCACGAAGGAGGAAGAGCAGCAGUGCAGAGCAAGCUGUAGGUGCGGGUCCACAGAGGCGGAGUAGAAGAACGACCACACAGAGUGCCAAAUGAAAACAAGGGGGAAGAACCACUGUAUGGGAUCAUAUUGUUUUUAUACUUUUUAAAUAUUUUUAAUAAAACAUUUUUCU